AUGAGUAAAUUACAUUUUAGUGCUGCUGGUUCUCUUUCUGACCCUCAAUUAGAUUGGUAAACCCAUAAAGAAAUGAAUUACAAGAGUGAAUUCUAAGAAUUAAUAGAAACACGGUUAAAUGAAAUUAAGAAAUGCUCAAGAAAUUUUAAAUAUUAUGGUAAAAUAGGAUUUCAAGUCUUGAUAUACCUUUUAAGUGUUCUAGAACUUAUCUUUACAUUAAUUUAUAGCUCAUAUAAUAACAUUAAUGAUGAAAUUGCAUACUAUGAGAUCAGUUAUAAUUUAUCUAUAAUUUUAUGUGUUUCAAUUCAUAGUGGAGCUUGGAUGUAUACUUAUCAUAUCAGAAAUGUUGCUUAAAAUAGUAUAUUUGUUGAAAUAACUAAUUAUUUAUAUUAUAUGGGUAUGGGAAUAUUAAGUUAUUUUAAAUUAGCUCCAUUUAUUAUUUAUUAUAAUAGAGAUUAAUCAAUUAGAUAAUUCUCAUUCAGUUAAAUUAAUAAAUACUUGCUAUAAAGUUAAGAAGAUAAAUAAAGAAAUCCAUGUAGGCUUUUCAAAGAUAGAAAAAAACCUGUCAAUAUCUUUAGGAAUUUUAUAUUCCAUCGAGUUGCUCUCCUCUCUAUGAUGAUAACUAUGGCUAUUUAAACUAUUCCUUAACUUUUUAUAUAAGGCUUUUUUAACACAUUAAUAGGAUCAUGGGAUGUAUUUAAUAUCAUUAUUUUUGUAUUAUUAACAAUUAAUUUAAUCUACUACCUUUUUGAAUUAUAAUUUAUUGUAUUCACUACAAAUAAUAGAUAAACGCAAAAAAAAAUACCAUUUAAAUAAAAAUAAAUUAAGUUAAAGUUCAUUUAAGAAACAAAGCAAUUACUGAAAUCUGAUUCAAAAUAAAUGGAAUUUUUUAAUUCUUAUUAUUUUCAUAUUGAUCCAAGUAAUUUCAGCCCUUAUUAAAAGAAAAGAUGCAUGAUAUAAAUAAUAAGUUACUUAUUAAGAUAUAAAGAAUAUAAAUACCUUGAAUUUCAUUUCAUUGAUGAAUAUGAUGAAGUUACAUUAUAAUAUUUAGCUAAUUGCUUUAAAUUGAUUCAAGUAAAAGAUAUAAGCCUUUUAUAUAAGGUAGAAGAUAAACUAUCAUAAUUGGAAAGUAUUUUUAGGGGUGUGGAAAAAUUAAAUUUUUUUCAUAUAAGCGGCGAAAACCUUCAGGAUUUAAGGAUUGAAUAUAAUACUGAUGAAGAAAGGGAGAUAAUCGAAUAAAUAAAAUUUAUUCAAAAUCCAAAAAUAAUCGCUAAUAGGUAAGCACUGCCACAAAAUUAAUUUGUUAAUAAUGGUUACAUAUAACUUUCUGCAUAAUUUUCAAAGCUAAUUUUAAUCGAACAAAACAAUUAAGCAAUAGAACCUUAAAAUAUUGCUUAAGAAGCGAAAAAUUGUAUUGAUAGAAUAACUAAAAGAGAUCGUUUUAAAGAGCAUGUUUGUGAGAUAAGAUUUUUGGUGAAUUUGUACGAUAUUUAUCAUUAUUUUUUGGAUUUUUUCAAACAUUGUGAUAUAAUUACCAUACUUUCUUCAGAUUCUAUCAAUAUCAUGUUUUCAAUUUUUACUCUGAUCUAUUUGACUAAAGAAUAUGAUCUAUAUAAAUCUGUCUUAGUUGCUUUAACUGCAUUCAACGUAAUAUUCUAUCCAAUUUCAUUUGGAUUAUUUUAUCAACGUGCAUUUAAAACCUUUUCAAAUUUAAGAUUACUAUCAGUUGUUCUAAUUUUUACAAUAUUAAAUACAGUAAAGAUGUAUGAAAUCCUAUGGUUUUGUUUAGAUUAUAUUUAAAGUAAAAUAAAUUAGAAUACAAGCAGAGAAUUUAUUUUUAAAACUUAUGUCAAGUUCAAAAAUUAUGUCUUAAAAUUUUAAGGCAAUAUCGCUUCAGUAUUAUUGUAAUUCAGUCAAUAAAAUAAUGAAGAAGAUAGAACGGACUAAAGAAAAGAAUAGCCAUUAUAUAUAGCUUUGAUGUGGAGAGCAAAUAUAGAAGACACCUUGAAUAGGAUUCCUCAGUUAUUUAUAUAUAUUUUAUCAUUAUCAACUCAGACAUCGGAUUAAAUAUGGACUUUGUCUUUCACUCAACAAAUAUAUUUAAGUUUUAAUGCAAUAUAUGCUCUACUAGAAAUUGUUAUUAAAGACUUUUUUAUUCCAGGUUUAAUUUUAAGCACAUCUUCAGUUAAUUAAUUCUUAGAAUCUAUUUAAUAUUUCAACAAAAUUUCAAAUCAAAUAGUAUUGGAAUAUCCUAAAUCUUUCUCAAUUAUGUCAAAAGUAAAUGAAUAUUAUUUAAAAGAAAGUUGUACUUACAGAGUUAAUAUGAAAACAUUAAAUUUUUCUAAUUAUUCUGGCAAAAAAAAAAUAAGGAUUCGAGCUUAAUUUAGUUAUGUACUUGCUUGUAUCAAAAGUAUUUUAGAAAUUGAUUAAGCAUAAAGAAUUUUUUGUAUGGGAACUGAAUUAGAAGAUUUAAUAAAAUGUUUAAAAGCUAGUGAACUAUUUCAAUUAAAAUUGAAUUAUUAUUUAGAUGAAAUAAAUCCUAAUCAUAUUCCUCAUAUUAAUGUAAUUAUCAAAAAUUGCCCUCAAAAAUUAAAGUUCUUACAACUCCAAGUAGAAGCUACAAAUGAACAUUAAAUGAAAUUUGAUGUUAAGAGAACAGAAACUCUUAUAGCUUUUUCAUACUCAUAUUUCUAAAUAAUAGAAUAAUAUCCAAAUAAUUCUUGCAAGGUAGAAAUCGAGAUAAAUUUAAAUAUAAAUGAGAAUUUUUUAUAGUUAGAUAGAUAUAAUUUUGAGGAAGUUUAUUUUGAAGUUUCUGGUAAUCUUAUUCUAAAUAAUUGUGAAUAAUUAUUUGCAAAAUUCAAUUAUUUGAAACUAUUCAAGACAACUAUUAUUAAUAAAGGGACUAUUUAGACUUUUUAAUUUUCUAGUAAUUUACGAAGUCAUUAAUUGGAAAUUCUUGAUAUUACUUUUGAUAAUAUUUAAUUAGAUUUUUAAGAAUAUAAUUUUAAGAAUCUCCGUUUUUUUAAAAUGAUUUUAAUUAAUUGUGAAUUUAAUAAAGAGUAACUAAGACAAAUUUUACAAACUCUAAAUCAAUAUACAAAGGAAGUUUAUAUUGAUAUUUCUUAAUGCUUCGAACGCUUUACAAGAGAUGAAUAGAGAGACCUGAUUAGAAGAUUAGAACAAUAAGGGAUAGAUGUUGUAAUCAAAAUUUGA